AAUGUAGAAAAUUUUUUUUAGGAAGUCAAAGUGAAUUGGGCAACAACCCCCAGCAGUCAAAAGAAAGAUACAAGCAGUAGUACCGUUGUCAGCACACAGCGUUCACAAGGUAAUUGUAUCUUCUUAAACAUAAAAUGAAAUCUCUUGAAAGGGUAUUCACUAACCACCUGAAGUUUUUUUGUAUGAUAUUUGGGGGAGGGGGGGCGGGAGGAGAUAGUAUUUCUAUUUGUCUCUCUAGCAAUAUUUUUCUCACUUCUUCUCAGUGUUGACCAAGUAUAGCUUGUCCACUACUUUGGUGCUAGUUCAAGCUUUCUGACCCCUUUGGUAGCAGCUGAUGCCUUAGAACUACUUUCACAACUAAGGGGCAAGAUACCCGGCUUUCUUGAGGUCACCGUCUGGGCUUCAUACUCAGAUCUUCCAAAUGCUUGAAUUGCUCCUCAAAUUUUGUUUCCCAAAGAGCAAUCCAAAAUGUUGUUUAAGGCCUGUCAAAUAUGGGUAACUUUUCUUUCCAAAUAUGCUUUGUCAAAUUUAUGUGUGUGUCCAUUUUAAAGUGUUGGUCCAACAAUUUUGCAUUUUUAAAGUGUUUCUUUUUUUGAUAAUUGUCUUUUUUAAAAACUCAGAUAUGGGAUGGUUAUUUCUCUCCAAUGCUUUUUUAAUGGUUCUGAUAUAAAGUGAAGGGAUUACUGUUUUCAUUCUGUUGCCUUCAGUCUUAGUUCACUUGCACAUGGAUUCACAUAAACUGAAUGGUGUAAUGUCUGGGCAACCAAAACUGUUGGCUUUUGAGAAAACUGUCAAAUACUUUAACAUCAAACUGUUGCAAUGCAAGGUAUUUCUUUGAUUGUUCUUCACAAAAUAUGGUUAAACCAAGUAUAUAUCAUGUAGCUAGCUUCAGUAAAUUGUGUUAACUGAGGCAAAUCUAGUCUACAUAAUUCCCAGUACCACUAUUUUAAUUUGUAAAGCCUUAAUAUAGUGGUAAACUGAAUAAAAGUAAAUAAUUAUUAUUAGAAUGGUAACUAAGGCAUUAAAUUUUUUGCAGAACUGAAACUUGUAUAUUAUUAAUUUAUUUUCUUAGACCAGUAUAAUAAUUGACUGUAAAUAGAAAUAUAAAUGUCACUUCCUGUUAGAUGUAUCACAGCCUUUUCAGGAGAAUUUUUCCUAUAUUGUUACCUUGACUCGUUUAAAGUUGAUAGGAUUUGUAUAGAUAUAGGAUAGUGUUUUGUUUAUACUUUAUCGUAAGUCAUAAUCAUUUUAAGAAUACUUUAUUGGAUAGAUUUUAGUACUUUUUAAAUUCUAAAGUUCUGUUUUUCUUUUCACUUCCCCUUCCUUCCCCUUAUAAGAUCAUUUCCAUGUCUUUGUUGGUGAUCUCAGUCCAGAAAUUACAACUGAAGAUAUAAAAGCUGCUUUUGCACCAUUUGGAAGAAUAUCAGUGUCUCUGAAGAAUGGACAGAAUUGCCCUGGCUAACUACAAGCUACGGUUCACAGUGGAUAAAUGUUGGCGUGCUUUUUUACUUUCUGACUUUUUAAAAUUUUGCUUUUAUAUCUUGUAGUUCCAAUCAAUUUUAUAUGAAUGCUAUUAUAAAAUUCAGUGUAAAAUCUUUUCUUGUAUAGUUUAAAACUUGUGUUUGUCUAGUAUUUUUCUUCAAUGAUUUAACAUUUCUAAAAAUGUCAACUUCUCAAAUUUUACUCUAGUCGAAAAGGGGGGUAUAAGUUGAUCUGAAAAAAUGAAAUAAUUUAAUUAGUUUAGGGAAUGUACAACUUUUUUAUGCUUUUGGUUUCCGGUUUUCUAUUUUUUUUUUAAUUAUAAGGUAGAAUAUAAUGCCAAAUAAAUUAUAAAUUGCAUGGUUAAAGAAAGCCAUUCAUCUAAUAUCCUGUGAACUUUAUAAAUGUUUAAGUAGUUCAUGUGAGUAGCUGCUUUCACCAUGCUUAAUAUUUAAAAGUUUAAAAAUUUUUUUGGAGAGGCAAUUUCUGUACAAUGUACAUAUGCAUAUAUACUUAAGAAGUUACUGAUUUGCAUGUCUAUAAAAUUAAGCCUCAUUUCCUAAUACAUGAUAAAUUUUGUAGAAUAAAAGGUGAAUUUGCAUUAAAGGUUCACUUUAAUGAAGGUGAAACAUGAUAAUCAGUUGUGUGUGAAAUUCUCAUUUUAUAUCCAGAGGACAGUUUGCAAACCUAAACUUCUGAUUGUUUCUGAUUUCAGAGAUGCCCGAGUGGUAAAAGACAUGGCAACAGGAAAGUCUAAGGGAUAUGGCUUUGUCUCCUUUUUCAACAAAUGGGAUGCUGAAAACGCCAUUCAACAGAUGGGUGGCCAGUGGCUUGGUGGAAGACAAAUCAGAACUAACUGGGCAACCCGAAAGCCUCCCGCUCCAAAGAGUACAUAUGAGUCAAAUACCAAACAGCUAUCAUAUGAUGAGGUUGUAAAUCAGUCUAGUCCAAGCAACUGUACUGUGUACUGUGGAGGUGUUACUUCUGGGCUAACAGAACAACUAAUGCGUCAGACUUUUUCACCAUUUGGACAAAUAAUGGAAAUUCGAGUCUUUCCAGAUAAAGGAUAUUCAUUUGUUCGGUUCAAUUCCCAUGAAAGUGCAGCACAUGCAAUUGUUUCUGUUAAUGGUACUACCAUUGAAGGUCAUGUUGUGAAAUGCUAUUGGGGCAAAGAAACCCUUGAUAUGAUAAAUCCCGUGCAACAGCAGAGUCAAAUUGGAUAUCCACAACCUUAUGGCCAGUGGGGCCAGUGGUAUGGAAAUGCACAGCAAAUUGGCCAGUAUAUGCCUAAUGGUUGGCAAGUUCCUGCAUAUGGAAUGUAUGGCCAGGCAUGGAACCAGCAAGGAUUUAAUCAGACACAGUCUUCUGCACCGUGGAUGGGACCAAAUUAUGGAGUGCAACCGCCUCAAGGGCAAAAUGGCAGCAUGUUGCCUAAUCAGCCUUCCGGGUAUCAAGUGGCAGGGUAUGAAACCCAGUGAAAAAGGACUCCAGAAUCUAAAGCCAGUGGCUUGAGGCUACAGGGAGUGUAGUAAAGCCGUUGUUUACUUAAAGAUUUAUCAAAUCAGUCAGUGCAAAUGUCAGAUACAAUGUAUUUAUUUAAAAGAUUCAUUUUUAAUCAUGAAAUUCCUUAUCAUCCACAUUGUUUUAAAAAGAAACAAGAUGCUGGAUGUCUGCCAAUUUUUGCCUUCAUUACCUUUUUUGAUAAAGUUUCUCAGAUCCUUGUUUCAAACACAAAUGCAGGGAUUGCUGCCACUUUUUAAAUAUUAAGAGGCAGAAAAUUGCACAAUAUUGAACUUUUUUCCACUAAAGUAGUGUGCAGUUCUAGUUUGCAUUCCUGAUAUGAUUUAAAACAUGUAAUAUAAAGACGCUAAAAAAAAAAAAAAAAAAAACCCAAAACUGUGCAGAGUCUAGAAGUUCUUUGUAAUCUUCAGCUUAUGCACAAUUCUGUUUUAGGUUUUAAAAAAAAAAAAAAAAAAAAGGCAUUGUUUGAGCUGUCCCAUCUCCACUGUUAUACUUUUGGGGUUUUUUAAUAUAAAUUAUUAGUUUACAUCAUUUUUGUAUCUACAUCUUUUUCACAAAUUUGUCUUGCCUUAUUAAAGUUCUGUAAAGUAUACUUAAAUGAGAAAAUGAUGUUCAUUUAGAUUGAAAACUUUUCUCAGAUGGAUUGAUAAUUGCAUUCAUCUUGUGUUUUAUAUAAGAAGGUGCCUCAAGAAUUCUCUGUUGGAUUUGUUUAAAAGGAUUUUUAUCUUCUGUGAUAAACUUUGCUGUGUACCAGGAACUAUAAAAACAAAAACUUGUUACUAAAGAAAAUAUCUGAAAUGUGAUAAGUUCUUAUGCCAUGUUAAUUUCAUGUGUCAACUUCAACAUUUACAUGUAUUAUUUCAUUAUGUAAAAUGUUUUAGCAAUUUAAUAUUUUGCACAGUUA